CGUCCCUGGGGCUCCCUCCCGGUCGCAGGUUCCUCCCAGAGAACCGCGGGCUACACCCGCCACCUGGGAGGAAGGCGCCCGUAGUGGGGGUACCUCUAGCCACUGGCCUGUGGCAUGGAUCGAGCUCUGGGACAUGCGUCUUUCGGGGGUGGUUUACAACUUAGUCUGUAACGUUAUUCUCGUUUUGCUCUGUGUAUUUCCAAUGUAUUACAUAAUAAAGACGUGGUCGCUUUUAGGGGAAAUGUCUGAAAAACUGAGAAGAUGCAGAAAGGAGCUGACUGCGGCCAUUGACCGGGCCUUUGAAGGCGUCAGUCAUUCCCAGGAAUGCUCUGGCCGGCAGAGGCUGGAGCUGGACGCCGCCGUGCCGCCCUCCCCCCUCCCUGUGCACCGGCUUCUCUGCAGGAGGCACCCGCUGUCAGCCUGCUCCUCCUCCGCAGCUCCUUUCAUCCCAGUCCCGUGUGCUCCUGAGAACGAGAGCCCUGCCUUUGCUCCAAACCUUGCCCCAAUGAAUGCAAAGCCACAUGCUUUAUGCCCGAAAAGAAAACCUCUGACCAGUAAGGAAAACGUAUUGAUGCACUCUUCCAUUUUGGCACCCGAAAGACAGUUUUGGAGAGCCGUGGGAGAUGGGGAGAACUGGAGAAAAGACAGCCUAAGGAAAGAUAUGGAGAAAGAUUUGAAGGUUGACUCAGACAUGCCACUCAGCAAUUCUAGCCAAGAGGUCACAAAAGAUCUGCUUGAUAUGAUCGACCACACAAGCAUCCGAACUAUUGAAGAGUUGGCUGGGAAACUAGAAUUUGAAAAUGAGCUGAACCGUGUGUGCAGUCGUUGUGAAGACUCGCCCUUCAGGGAGGAAGCCUGGGCCUUGCUCGUGGACGAGAGCCCUCAGAAGGCCUCGGAUACUGACCCCGGCAGCCUCAAGCAGGCUUUUGAUGAUCACAAUAUUGUUGAGACUGUGCUAGACUUGGAAGAGGACUACAAUUUGAUGACCUCUUUCAAAUACCAAAUUGAGUAAGGACAGUUGACUGGAGCUUUGGUUCUUUCUAGCAGGAGGCUGCCAUUCAGACAGUGAUCAGUGUCACUGGGGGCCACUGCCAAGUGGCUGGUAGGAUCUGAGUUACCACACCUUCUUUAACUUCCACUUGUGUCCCUUCUUGAGCUGAAAGCCCAAUUUUUUUAUUCUGUUGCUUUGAAAUGUUUCUUACUGUAGUUUUUUUUUUUUUUUCACUUUUCUUGGCAUCUCAAAUGUGUUUUUUGAUGUUUAAUACAACCCUUACCCAAGGUGGGUGCUGGC